UAUGUGGAGUUGGAUAUGACGGCUAAUGAAGAAAGCGCCAGUUCAACUAGCGUAUCAGAAAACAGUUUUCAAACCUACAGCGAAGAUGAGGCCGGCCAGACGGAAAUACCUUCGGAUUCCAUUACUGUUGUUUGGUUGAAACAGGGACAUGGCGGAGACAAUUCGCAGUCUUGGUGGAAUAAGCGAAAACAACGAAUUUUCCGCAAGAAAACGCUGUACAUGCGCAUCCCAAUAUUGAAAUGGCUUCCCAAAUACUCUGCACAAGACUUUGUAGCUGAUCUUGUGGCCGGUAUCACCGUCGGAGUAACAGUCAUUCCACAAGGUUUAGCUUAUGCCACCGUGGCCAGACUCCCUCCUGAGUAUGGCCUGCACGCCUCGUAUGUGGGAUGCUUCGUUUAUCUUCUAUUCGGCGGUACGCCAGUGGUCACUAUUGGGCCAACGGCCCUUAUGUCACUCGUCACUUACGAUUCGGGGGCUGCGCUAAUGGGGCCUGAAGCAGCUAUCCUUCUUGCAUUUCUCACCGGUUGCAUUGUUCUUCUCUUCGGCCUGCUCAAUUUCGGUUUCUUGAUUGAUAUCACCGCAGCUCCAGUCGUGGCCGAAUUCACGAGCGCCGCCGCCUUCACGAUAGCGACGACACAAAUUGAAGCCUUUCCCGGCCUCAGAUUUGAUGACGAAGGGUUCCUCAAUACGUGGAUAGCGGUAUUUGAAAACAUUGCAGAAACUAAAAAAUGGGAUGCUGUUUUGGGUUUUGCUUCCAUCGCUAUUUUGCUUCUACUUCGGGUUCUUGAUCAAGUCAAAUUGGGUGAAGAAGGAGAAAGAAAGCGAUGGCAAAAUUGGGUCAACACGACAUGUUGGCUGAUUUCGGUCUCGCGUAACGCUAUCGUCAUCAUCGCCGCUUCCAUUUUGGCUUACGCUCUGGCUGAACCCGGCCAGAGUAGCUAUCCUUUGACCUUAACCGGUGAGAUUCCUAGCGGAUUCCCUCCAUUCAGAGCGCCGCCCUUUUCGUUUGAGGCAGACGGAAAGACAUACUCUUUUGUGGACAUUUGCAAAAAUCUAGGCUCUUUGCCCUACAUUUCUCCACUGGUCACCGUAACUGAAUCGAUUGCGAUUGCCAAAUCCUUAGCCAAAGGGAGUCGCACUGAUGUCAGUCAAGAGAUGAUCGCCAUCGGUACUAGCAACAUUUUAGGAUCGUUUACGUCAUCGUUUCCAGUGACAGGCGCAUUUCCACGCACGGUCGUUAAUGCCGCCAGCGGCGUCCACACGCCUUUCGACGGACUCUACACUGGUGCUCUUGCACUUCUGGCCAUUACGGUUUUGACGCCUUACUUUUUCUACAUUCCAAAAAACUGCUUGGCAGCGGUCAUCAUAUCCGCUGUUAUUUUCAUGGUGGAAGUCAGCUUAGUCAAGAUGGUUUGGAAAUCAAAAAAAAUUGUUUUAGUGCCUUUUGGCUUUACGUUCGUCUUUUGCGUCUUUGUCGGUCUGUCGCAAGGCAUUUUGAUUGGCACGGCUAUCAAUCUUGGCAUGCUCUUAUACAGCACGGCUCGUCCACGGAUUAAAAUCCAUAAAAUCAAAUUUAGUGUUCACCGCCAUGGAAUAGUUCAUGUCCAGCGUACGAAAAGCUUCGGCGCUAUAUCCUGGUAUUAUCGUCGUGAUCGACAUGAGCCACGUCUCGGCAGCGGAUUUUACCACGGCUUACCUCCGCCGUUGGAGCGCAGUCCAGAAGAGCAGACGGGGAGUUCCGAAAAAUACAACGAUGAAGAAUACGCUAUUAGUCCAUCGGCUUGCCUUUUAAGGCAAGCAAGCUUAUCGCCUGAGCCAGAAGAUGGUGACAAAGACGUCGACGUUGACCUAUAUCAAGCUGCUGUUCUCAGCUUGGCUCGUUUGGAUCGAUUAGCCGCUCCAUUUAUUCAUCCGCCACUAUCGGAUCGAACAGUCAUUGAAAACACCUUAAUUCGAUUGGAUUUAAAUGCCUCGACCACGGCAGAUCGUUACACCGAGGUCCACAAACUUUCAAUCGCAAUCGAACAAAUGAUCUGCACUGCCCUUGGCCUAUUAAUUCUAUCCAGCGAUGACAAAGUGUACAUUAUCGGCUACACCGAUCCAGAACCGACUAUCCGAAUUCUCAAAAGUUUUUCCGCUUUUUCGCUUGCGGGAAUUAGUUUUAUGGCCGACUCUUGUGUCUGUGUUAUCCUAAUGCAUGCUGGUCAGAGAAACGUGGAGGAGCAGGAAGAGAAGACGGAGGUUGAAGAGAAGAAGGAGGAAGAAGAGGAGACUUGGCCUUUCGCUCAUGAUGAGGCUGUUCCUUUUACUAUGGCUAAGGCUUAUGCUGAGAUUAUCGUUAAGGCUGAGUCUGUGGAUGUGGAUGAGGAGGCGAAGGAGGAGGCUACAGCUUUCUUGGAGACUUUGGCUGAGAAUUUGGCUAAGGCUGAGGAUGGGGAUAUCAAUGAGGAGGAGCAUUGGGCUAUGGCUAAGGCUUUUGCUAGGUUUGUCCUUAAGGCUGGGCCUGUUUUUGUGGACAAUGAGGUGAAGGAUUUGGUUCAAGCUUUCCUUGAUGUUCGGGAUAAAAAUUUGGCUAAGGCUGAGGAUGGGGAUGUAGUCGAAGAUGAAGAGGAGGAUGAAGAUGAGCAGGCUUGGGCUGAGUUUAUCAUUAAGGCGGAGUCUAUCGAUGUGGAUGACGAUGUGAAGGAGGCGGCUAAAGCUUUCUUUGAGACUUUGGCUGAGAAUUUAACUAAGGUUGAGGAUGGGGAUGUGGAUGAGGAUUGGAUUUUGGCUAACGCUUGGGCUGAGUUUGUGUUUAAGGCUGAACUUGUGGAUGUGGAUGAGGAGGUGAGGAAGUUGGCUCAAGCUUUACUUUAUGCUGGAGAUGAGAAUUUGGCUAAGGCUAGUGAUGAGGAUAUGGAUGUGGAUGAGAUUUUGGCUAAGGAUGACGAGCAGCUGGAGAAGGAGUUGAAGGAGCUGAAGGGGGAGUUGGCGGAAGAGUUGGAAGAGCUGGAGGAGGAGUUGGAGGAAAUGGCUCAGCGGGAGGCUUUGGCUGAGCUUUUGGCUGAGGUUAAGGCUGUGGCUGAGGCUUUGGCUAAGGCUAAAGGUGACAUACUGAGCGUAAGAUGUUAUCCUGGACCGUCCCAAACAGUGGCUAAGCGUAAGCGAGAAGAGGAUGCUACAGCAACUCUUCCUGACGAGAAACGUUCGAGGCGAUGA